AUGUAUUUUGAUAUUGGGAAAGAGAGAGAAGUCACGGAUAUCUCGCAUGUCAGUUUUUACGCUUUCUUCGAUCUUGCUCGAAGUCUAUCCCGUUUUGUCUCGAUCAUUUUCGAUCUUGAUCAUGACAGAAGUUCACAAACGGCUGGUGGAAGUGGAGUUAGAGGUAAUAGGAGGGGUAGAGGUGGUGGUAGAGGUGUUGGCAGAGGUGUUGGCAGAGGUGGUGGUAGAAGUGAUGGUAGAGGUGGUGGUAGAGGCCGUGGUAGAGGCCGUGGUAGAGGUGGUGGAAAUACUGGGCUAGCGGAAGGAAUUGAGGAGGUGAUGAUGAGGCCCCCGACUGGUGAACAAGAAAAACCACUCCCUGUCUCGAAGCCGGCAAAGGAGAGAAAGUGGAAAAUGGCCUCAUCCUCCAAGGGGCCUGAGCCUAUGAAUAAAGCGGCGUAUAUUCUGCCUCGAUCUGACGGGGUCCAAGAGGGGAAUUUAGUUGGAGUCCCUGAGCCAUAUGGAGCCAAAGGUACCUCACUUCGGGGUGAGAAGGCAUCGAAAAUGGCUGCGGAGGCCGAUCCCGAGGCUCCUCGAAAUGGGGAGAACUCCCCAAGUGACCCACUUAGGGCAAUAGAAAUCAGAGACUCCCCUUCUCUUCCUUCAUUCUCCGAAUAG